AAAGUCACACCAAAAACCCUGUCAAAAUAGUCAAUCAUCGUCGUAAACAACCCUCAUUUACCAGUAAUACACAGAGAAAACGAGGGUCAGACCAUUCAUUGAGAGAUGAAGGCAUCUUUAAAGGGCAAAUACGAGUACGAAACAGACAAAGCCGCCACCUCCGCCACUUCCACCCUCGCUUUUCCUGUCGGCGACUUCAAACUUCGUGCUUCCGUCACUGACGCCACCUUCGUCAAAGGUCCCUCCUUCAAUGGCCUCGGCCUCUCCCUCGAAAAACCCGGCUUCUUUAUUGUCGACUAUAAUGUUCCCAAGAAGGAUUUUCGGUUUCAGUUCAUGAACUCUGUUAGCGUUUUAGAGAAGCGAUUGAAUAUGACUUAUAUUCAUAAUAAGAAUGAUAAUCGGACUUUGUUGGAUGGAACUUUGGUGUUGGAUUCUAGUAACAAGGUUUCUGCUAAUCAUAUGUUGGGUUCAAGAAAUGGGAAAUUGAGGUAUACUUAUGUUCAUAAAGGGGUUACUACUUUCGAGCCCAGUUACGAUUUGGGGAAGAAUUCAUGGGAUUUUGCUUUGUCUAGGAGGGUUUAUGGUGAUGAUGUUCUUAAGGCUUCUUAUCAAACCUCCAAUCAGAUUCUUGGGCUAGAUUGGUCCAGGAAUUCCAAAACAAAUGGAUGUUUUAAGAUUUCAGCAAUCUUCAAAUUGGCUGAGGAAUCUAAAAUGCCUAAGUUGAUGGCAGAGAGUACAUGGAAUCUUGAAUUGUGAUUUAUUCUUGGUAGCAUCAUGCUUACCUUUUUUUUUUCCUUUUUGUGCGACAAACAGCAAUUUUCUGUAAUUGUCUCCGAGAAUCCUAUUUCUAGAAAUGGAGCUCAUUGCCAUAUGCGUUCGUUACUCUCAAACAGGGUAGUGAAUUGGAAAAUGUCUACUUAACUCACGGUAGUAAUAGAUUGAUGUUUUCUUGUUCACUACUUUUGGCUAGCAGCUAGGAUAUCCCUGUCAAAGUAUGAUUUAGUUUUGCAGUGGCUGGAGAGUUUGAUGACUGAUUAUGUUGGCUCUAGCAUAAUUCGAUCAACUGCAUGGCAAAUGGCAAUCUAGCUAAAAAUUAUUACUACUCUGCUUUGUACUCCCUUGUCACUUAAACAUUGAUCCAUUUGACUUUUCAUGAUCUCAAAUUGUUUUGUCA